GGUAGGUAUAACAUUGGGACCAUACACCUUGCCCAGUCUACACACGGAAUAAGGCCAACGCACCCGGGCCAUCUCUCAAGGGCUACUAUGGAUUUGCAAGAGCACAGAGAUGUGAAAACCCUUGUCAUUGCAUUCGAUACGCUGCAGGUUUUGGGUUUUGUCCUUACGCUGGCUUUACUUGCUCCCGCCUUACUUUCGCCGAAUGUUAAAAGGACAGUGACCUGGUUCGGAAUGAUUGUCUCUGGAAUCGUCUAUUGCGCUUCCUACUCGAUCUUGAUGUUCAUCGGGGCGCAGGGUGACCAAGAACCGUCUACAGGAGUGUGUCUCUUUCAAGCAUGCCUGGUUCAUGCAACUCCUGUCUUUUGCGUUUCUUGCGUACUUAGUUUCGUUGUGGAGCUCCUGGCAUCUUUCCUCCUUACGUCUCUAGGGAAAAGCCCUCCUCGAGCUACUCCAAUCAUUCUUCUUGUGUUGUCGUUUAUCUUGUCCCUGUUUGUUCUUUUGGACACUCUUAUGAUGGGCCUUAAAGAUCCCAAGCAUGUUCGACGGAAUGGAUCACAUUUAUACUGUCAUCUAACUACCUCGACACUAGUUCUUGUCUUUUGCGUCCUCGGAGUCAUCAUAUCUUUAGCAACGAUGAUAGCUGAAGUUGUCAUCCUAAUCAUUAUCCGGAAGACUAUGAUUAACCUUAAGCGUCAACCCAGUUCCCCAAGCAUUGAGCUUCCGACGCAUCUUUUCGUCCGCCUAUUUUCAUUCUCCUGCGCUUUCUGCGUGGUAUCUUCUCGCGAAUACAGUACCAAUCGGUGCGGUUGUGACUUUUGGCACCCAAAAAGACAUCUUGUGCUUUUUCUUUCGACAAGGGCAGGAUCAUAAUGCCGGAUAACAGCAGUGAAACAAGGACUGUAGAGUUGGGAAGAAAAACGUCCAGUUCUGAGUUUUAGCUCAUGAGAGAGGAGCCAAGUGGCAGUUAUAGGAACUAUUACACACAUCUAAGUGCACGAUACCCCAUACCCAUUGUACAGAAGUCCGCAGGCGGCAGGUAGUCAAAUUCAGUCACUCCUUAGCGAUAUAGAUUAUCGCCAUCUAUGCCUAACGCAUGGUCCUCGGUGCCAUUCUCACUUUCAUUCGCAG